UUAAAUUUGGCGGAAAAAAUUAUGGCGACAUCAAGAACUGAAAAUAAAAUUGGAUUUGGGCCAAGAAAUGGCCUGAAAAUAAGGAAGUUAAUAAUGAUCGAGAAAUCGAACGAUUUAACCAAAAUCGAUCUUUUUAGUUGUUUUAAUUAGUUUAUUUAAUAUUUUUAUUAACAAUUUAAUAUGAAUUAUCGAAUGUUUUUCAUUUUUUUGUGUUUAAAUGUUGUUUUUACACCGCAAAUAUCUUUGCAAUACGAAGUCAACAACAUUGCUGUACUUUACCAUGAAGAUGAUCCAUGGAACUCGGAAAUUGCUGUUCACACCGUUAUACAACACUUCAACACUAGAUACGAUAAAAAAUAUCGAAUGGGGACAAGAUUCGUUUCAAAAGAAGAUCAUUUAUCAACCAACAUCACAGUAUGCGACUUGACUUACGAGGAUGAAGGUGUAAUAGGCGUAAUUGGACCAUCAUCUCCACAAUCAGCAUCAUUAGUGCAAGGAAUUUGUAGUAAAUUAGAAAUACCACACAUCCAAUAUCAUUGGACUCCGAACAUAAGUGUUACAAAACAGGAUAGCGUUGUAAUUAAUUUUUAUCCCGAUGCUACGUUACUUGCUAAAGGUUUGGCUGUGAUUGUUAAUCACAUGAAAUGGAAAGGGUUUACGGUUCUUUAUGAAGAUACUGAUAGUUUGGUGAGGUUAAGCGAAGUAUUAAAAUUAGCUGGAUCAACCCAUAACCCUGUUGUUGUAAGAAAAUUGGAUUUCGGUGAUGAUUAUAGGCCAUUAUUAAAAGAAGUGAAAAAUUUUACCGAAAACCCAAUUAUCCUGGAUUGUAGCUUGGAUAGGAUUCUUCCAUUUUUAAAUCACGCCAGAGAAGUUAACAUGUUACAAGUUUUUCAUAGAUAUUUAUUAGUUAAUUUGGAUGCCCAUACGUUAGAUUUUUCCCACUUAGAUAAUAACGCAAACAUCACCACAAUAAGACUUUUUGAUCCGAAAUCGCCGAAAGUUUUUAACGUCAUGGAACAUUUUAAAAAAGUUCGAGAAAGUAACGAUCACGAUCGUUUUUCACAAAAAUUUCAAUUAACCAAUUCAAAAACUUCGUAUCCGCUAAAAGCAGGAGCUUUAAGAGUGCAAACAGCACUUUUGUAUGACGCAACUUUUAUUCUUAUUGAAGCUUUCAUGCAAAUCGGAAGAGAUGGAAUUAAAUCUGAAAGUUUGAUGUGCGACGAUCAAAAGCAAUGGAAGGAUGGGUUUGCUCUUACGAGUUUUAUGAGGGUGGUAAGCCAGCGCUCGGUGGAUGAAGGACUUUCAGGGCCAAUAAGUUUCGAUUUUGAAGGUAGAAGAACCAAUUUUCGUUUAGAAUUGAUCGAAAUUCACGAAGACGGAGCCGCUCAAGUUGCCGAAUGGUUACCUAACUUACAAAGUAAUUUAUCACUUACAAGAAAUGAAAGCGCCCAUGAAAAACAAGUUGCUCAAAGUUUACGAAAAGGAAAAGUUAUUGUUAUAUCAAAGUUGGGUAUGCCAUAUUUGAGGAAAAAGGAUGCUAAAGAUCUCGAUGUCAGUGAUGAUGACCACGAUUACGAAGGAUACGCGAUGGAUAUUAUUAAAGAAAUAGCGAGCAAUUUAAAUUUUACAUUCGAAUUUAAAAUUACGGAUGUUUAUGGUACUUAUGAUACAACUACAGGGUCUUGGAAUGGAAUUUUGGGAGAAUUGAUAGAAAGGAGAGCACAUUUAGCUAUUUGUGAUUUAACAAUUACACAUCAAAGAAGAUCUUUAGUUGAUUUUAGCUUACCUUUUAUGAAUCUAGGAGUUAGUAUUUUAUAUAGCAAAGCUAAAGUCCAAGAAGAAACAAAUAAAUUUGCUUUUAUGGAACCAUUCGAUUUUGAAGUUUGGGUUUACACCGUUAGUUUAUACUUUGUUAUAUCGACUUUAGUUUAUGUACUUUGUAGAAUAGCACCAGGUGAUUGGGAAAAUCCUCAUCCAUGCGAUCCAAAUCCAGAGGAAUUAGAAAACAUAUGGGAUUUAAAAAAUUGUUUUUGGUUAACUUUAGGUUCUAUAAUGACUCAAGGAUGCGACAUCCUUCCCAAGGGGAUAUCAUCUAGGAUGGGUACUUCAAUGUGGUGGUUCUUUUCUUUAAUUAUGACAAGUUCUUAUACGGCGAAUAUGGCAGCUUUUCUAACAAAAGCUGCGAUGGGAACAACAAUUUACAACGCCGAAGAUUUGGCGAAACAAACAAAAAUUAAAUACGGAACUGUCGAAGGUGGCGCAACCCAAGCUUUCUUUAGAAAUUCAAAUUUCUCAACGUACCAAAGAAUGUGGGCAAAUAUGAUUCAAGCAAGACCCAGUGUUUUUGAAAAAAGUAACGGCGAAGGUGUUAGAAGAGUUAACAACACAAAAAAUCAAUUGUACGCGUUUUUAAUGGAAAGUUCUUCUAUUGAAUACGAAAUGGAAAAAAAUUGUAAUUUAAAGCAAGUUGGUGGAUUAUUAGAUUCGAGGAGUUAUGGAAUAGCCAUGCCACUGAAUUCUGAAUAUCGAAGCGCGAUCGAUCAAACUUUAUUAAAAUUACAAGAAAGGGGUGUUUUAGCACGGCUUAAAACGAAAUGGUGGAAAGAAAAAGUUGUUAAAGAAGUUGCUUGUGAUGAAGGAGAAGAUUCAGACGCAUCAAAUGACGCUUUAGCUUUGGCAAAUGUCGGCGGUGUAUUCAUUUUGGUCGGAUUUGGACUGGCAAUUGCUUUUGUAUUUGCGUUAACCGAAUUUUUAUGGAACGUUAGGAAAGUUUCGGUUGAAGAACAUAUAUCUUAUUGGACCGCUUUAAAAUUGGAAUUAACAUUUGCAGCAAACGUUUGGAUUACAAAGAAACGGGUUAGACCUGAUCAUUCCGAGUCAUCAUCAAGCGAUGGGUCGGAUACAAAAAGUAUUGCGCAACGUGUUCUUCAAGGAGCCGGAUCGAUAUUAAAUUUAAAAGCGUUUCAUUGAGUAUGUAAUGUUUGUUAAUUUUAGAUUUUUUGUUGUUUAUUUGGUGUUGUUAAAAUCAAUAAAUAUAUCUUAAUUAUUGAA